GAUCUUGUCUGUAAUUCAAGUGUUAACCGUGGAUUUCAAAAAUGGUCCCUCUACAAUCCCGCCAAAUACUGAGCAUCACGCUGCCUACGAUCGCCAUCUUCUUGAGCUACUUGUGGUUCAGGAGGAAGAGGAUAGGUGGCCAAAGUGACCCAGGCGAAAGUUCCCGGCAGACAUCACCUAGAAGGUCCGAGAAGACGCUCGCCGAAGAGCUCGAGGAAGCCGCCCUUCAGGAGGUGCAAAGUCAGGCAGGGUCACCAAACAAAUCGUUCAAUCGAUCACUAUCCGGUGUCGAGACUGCACCGAUCGAUAUCAUAAUCCCGCCGAAUCUGCGCUCGCAACGCACCAGCCCCGUCAACAUGUCCGACGAGGAUCUCGAUCUGCACAUCGAGCAGGUGAUACUGGAGAAGAGCACCCUCGAGCCGUACAGCAUCUCGAAGGCAACGGACACGUUCGACGGUCCGAGUAGUAGCAGCACCCCGGUCACGGGAGAGCAGCAGCCGUCGACGAUGGUGAAGUCCGCGAAGAAGCAGUGUUCGGCGAAACCGAAGCAGCAACAGUCUGCGGGUAAGGGAAAGUCGGCGAAGAAGGUCGGCAAGAAGGACGGCGUCAAGUUUGAGAGCAAAUUCGCUGAGAAGCAGCAGGGGACGGUCGAGGAGAGGCGGAGCUGCGACAGGGAUUCGGCCAAUCACAGUCCGAUGGACGCCAGCAGCUCCCUUAGCAGCAUCUCUGACAGCCACAGCGAGGGUUCGAGCGACAGUGGCAAGGGCGGUAGCGACGUCACUUCCGGAGAUAUCUCCGGUCUGCAGAUCGUACACGAGUUCCUGAUUCCUCAGGCGCUCGUCGGAAAGCUGAUCGGUCGCUACGGCUUCGGCAUUUGCGAUAUCAAGGAUAAAUCGCACACCAAAAUCGUGGUCAGGAAACACCCUACCACCCACAAAUUCAAAAUAUGCACCAUCGAGGGAUGUCAAGAUGAUGUUGAUAAGGCGUUGAGCUUGAUCAGGAACAAGUUCCCCAUCAAGAGAUACCCCGAUAUUACGUUGGAGCACGUCAUCAUCGUCACGGAUCCCGUAGAGAUACCAUCUCCGGAGCAUCUAUACUUGAAAUUAGUUGAAGGCGUUAACAAUGACACGGUCAUCUGCUCUGUGGUCGCGCCCGAUCAUCUGUUCGUACAUCAGCCGACACAUCCGACGUUCCCCUGCCUCCAAGUGCUCAACAGAUGCAUGAACAACUGCUACAACAGUAGACAAAGACCCGCACCCAAACUGUCAACCCCUAUUCCAGACAACACCGUCUGCGUGGCAUAUUCCAAUGGCGAAUGGCACAGGGCAAUGGUCCUCUCCUCCGAUCCGAAAACUGAAACGUCCUACGUGACGUUCCUCGAUCUGGGCGGUUACUACAGCAUCGCGAACAAAUAUCUGAAGCAGAUCAGAGGAGAUAUGCUUCUUCUACCUUUCCAAUCGGCCGAGUGCUAUCUAUAUAAUAUUAGGCCAGUCGAUGACGAAUGGUCAGAAGAAGCCCUCCGUUUAGUGAAGGAUCAGGUGAAAGGCACACUGUCGCUGACGCAGGUAGCCGAUUACUCGGAAGAUGGAGUUCCGCUAGUUUUAAUGUACAUUUUAGUGGGUCACCAGAAGGUGAUCUUUUUGAACGAUGAGCUGGUGAAGAGAGGAUUCGCCAAAUACAUCACGAGUCCAGAGUGCGUGGAUGUAAAGGAAGAGGUGGUAGUGGCGGAGGAGGAGGAGUUGGAGGGUGCCGUAGGUGGCGUCCUCUCGUAAGAGGGAAAAAAAAAGUGAAAAGAAGAGAAGAGGUGGAUUGCAAAACUGUUUCCUCUUUUUUU